AUGAAUUUUGUUGUAGAUUGCCUUUUGGAAAGCGUAACUAUACUCAAUCCAAGUAUUGAAGGAUCGAAUGUUAGUUUAUCUAUUCCUGGUUUGGAAGAAAAAUGUCUUGGUCAAAUUACAAAAUCAAAAGGCAGAAUUAUUUACAAAAAGAGUAUUAUAAUGAGCUUUGCAAUGGCUCCAGAAGCUAACUCGCAAGAACUCCCGUUAAUAAUAUCAAUUUCAAACUUUACUAAAACGUAUUUUGGAAAUUUAAAUUUAAUUCCCGGAAUUGAUGCAGCAAAGAAAGGGUCACCUGUUAUAGUAUCAAGUACUAUGUUUUUACGUACAGAAGAUGGUAGAAUUGGAGCUGAAGUUAAAGUUCAAUACUGUGUUGAUUUAUUAGCAAGUGUUAUACCACAAAGUAAUAUUGUUCAGGCUGCUUCAAAUGAUAUUAACUACUAUGCAAUUGUUCAAUUAGAAAAAGACAGACGAAAUGAUGCAAAUGUUUAUACUCUACAAAAUGUAGGAGAUUUAGACGAAAUGAAUACCCUUUCUAUGGCAUUUGAUGAAGGAUCGGAUUCAGAAAGCUUCAAAUCAAUCCAUUCAGAUACAUCUUAUAUUAGUGAAGAUUCAAAAUCUUCGAAAUCCUCAAAGUCAUCCAAAUCAUCUUCCUCAUCAUCCUCUUCACAUAAAUCUGCGAAAUCUAAAUCUUCUCAUCAUUCAUUACCAGAAAAAGACGAAAAAGAAAAUAAUAAAAUGAAAUCCGAUGAUAAGAAACCAGAACCUAAGAAAGAAGCGCAAUCUCCGCCACCUCAACCACCUCAAAAUCAGCUGCCACCAUUGCCAAUUAAAAGUUUUGUUGCAGAUGAAAAAGCAAAAUCAGAUCACGAAGAACCUAAAGCAGAAGAAAAGAAAGAUAAGUCAGAUGAUAAAAAGAAGAAGUCAAGUUCAUCGAGUUCUGAUUCCUCAUCAUCAUCUUCUUCUUCAGAUUCUAAUGUUUUUGAGGAUAAACCUAUUCCUGUUGCUCCAGAUUCUCCGAAAUCAAAGGAUAUGCCAUCCUUAUUGGAUCAAAGUGUCAGGCAAGGUAUGAUAUGGACAAAAGGAAACAAACCUGAUGUAAUGACCAAAGAUGAUACAAAAGUAGAAGAAAAAGAAGAAAUUAUUGAAUCUUCUUCAUCAAUUGUUGAUGAAUUCGAAAAAGAAGAGAAAACUGAGAAGAAGAAGGAAGAAACCCCACCUCCUACUAAUAAUGCUACUCCAGAAAAAGAAACCCCACGAGUUGAAUUCGAUAUCAAAGAUAAUGAAGAUGAUUCUGAAUCAAGUGAGUUCUUUUAA